AGUAUGAAGUUUCCUGACGAGGACAGCAUUCAAAAUAAUUUGUCAGCUGGCGAUACUUCCACACCAUCAGUUAAAAAACACAGAGAAUCUGAAAUUUAUGAAGUACGAGCUCAAAUGAAGACAGCUGUAAAUGUCCUUAAAAAUAUCUCAGAUCGACCGCGCGUUGAAGUGGAUGAGGUAGAUGGUAGAUUUAUAUUGUCAACUACUGGCCAAAAAGACUAAAAAAAUUUGAUGAGCCACAAAGGGAGAUAAUAAUGCAUGAUAUAGACGAACUAAUUUUUCGGAGGCGAAAGGACUCUUACUUAAAUAUCAGUAGCCCUUCUAGCUACACCACAUACUCGUACGCAAGAUGUACCCCGGAUUCCUUGGCACCUACACCAUCUCCUUCAUCUCAUGUUUUACAAAGCACUGUAUACCAGAUUGCUAAUGAUUCUGGUGAUUAUACAAUUGUACAUCCACAUUAUAGCCAAGCAGAAUAUGUGACAGAUCCUUCUACCUCCUCCACUUCUACUCAAAAGGUGGCAAUUAUAUCAAAUGACAUUGUCUCACAGGCACUUACUCUCUCUCCCAUACAAAACAAGAAUUAA